GUCGUCCGGAAGCGGAGCACCUGACCUGCAACGGCUGGUGUGCGACGGGGCGGUUCGCUGGGACCGCGGAAGCGAGAACAGAAAGGGUCCGGGGCCUGCCUCCCGCUCUGGGGUGAAGCACCAUGGACGAAGCCGGCAGCUGUGCGGGCGCCGGAGGCUUCCGCCCAGGUGUAGACAGCCUGGACGAGCCGCCCAAUAGCCGCAUCUUCCUGGUGAUCAGCAAGUACACUCCCGAGUCGGUGCUAAGGGAGCGCUUCUCGCCUUUCGGCGAGAUCCAAGACAUCUGGGUGGUGCGGGACAAGCACACUAAGGAGUCCAAGGGCAUCGCCUUCGUCAAGUUUGCUCGCAGCUCUCAGGCUUGUAGGGCCAUGGAGGAGAUGCACGGCCAGUGCCUCAGCCCCAACGACACCAAGCCCAUCAAGGUUUUCAUUGCUCAGUCCCGAUCAUCUGGAAGUCACCGUGAUGUUGAAGAUGAAGAACUUACAAGGAUAUUUGUUAUGAUACCAAAGUCCUACACGGAAGAAGAUCUACGGGACAAAUUUAAGGUGUAUGGAGACAUCGAGUAUUGCAGCAUUAUUAAGAAUAAAGUAACUGGAGAAAGUAAAGGUUUGGGCUAUGUUCGAUACUUAAAACCGUCACAAGCUGCCCAAGCAAUAGAAAACUGUGAUCGAAGUUUUAGGGCAAUCUUGGCAGAACCUAAAAAUAAAGCAGCUGAAUCCUCGGAACAAGAUUAUUAUAGUAAUAUGAGACAGGAGACUUUGGGACAUGAACCUAGAGUAAAUAUGUUUCCAUUUGGUAAGUGGGCUACCUUUAAAGGUUUCCUGUAUAUUCUCUUCUCUGUCUUAGGUCAUGGAGUGGUUCAGUAUUUUAAUGUAGCAUCAGCUGUUUAUGCAAAAUAUAAGUUACAUGGAUUUCAGUACCCUCCUGGAAAUCGGAUAGGGGUUUCCUUCAUUGAUGAUGGGAGUAAUGCAGCAGAUCUCCUUAGAAAAAUGGCAACACAGAUGGUAGCUGCACAGCUUGCAUCAAUGGUGUGGAACAACCCAAGUCAGCAGCAAUUUCUGCAAUUUGGAGGAAAUUCUGCAUCACAAUUGCCUCAGAUCCAGACAGAUGUUGUACUUCCAUCAUGCAAAAAAAAAGCCCCUCCUGAAACUCCUGUGAAAGAAAGGCUUUUUAUCGUAUUUAAUCCUCAUCCUUUACCUUUAGAUGUAUUAGAGGAUAUAUUCUGUCGUUUUGGUAACCUGAUUGAAGUUUACCUUGUGUCAGGAAAAAAUGUGGGAUACGCCAAGUAUGCAGACAGGAUAAGCGCUAAUGAUGCCAUUACUACUUUACAUGGAAAGAUCCUGAAUGGAGUAAGACUUAAAGUUAUGCUGGCAGAUUCCCCAAGAGAAGACUCUAACAAACGACAGAGAACUUACUGAUUUUUAAG